CAGCCUGGGCGCCUCUCGCGGCUGCCCGCGCUCCUCUCAGCGCUCCCCACUUGGCUGCUCGACCCCAGACUGCGCCUCAAGCCUGCCCGCACUCGACCCCGUGCCCCGCAGGGAGAAGCCCAUGGCGGGGCCCCACGUGAUCCCCAUGCUGUUCCUCUCCCUGCUGGUGCUGUUGGAGCUGAGCCCCACAGGCUCCCUGGGACCCAGGACCCUAGCCCGGAAUGUCCCUGAGAAUCACAUUGGUCUUCCAGGCCCAGAUCUGUGGACACCGCAGACCAGCCACUACCGCAGGAGGGGCCUGGGCAAGAAGGAGCGGGGCCCAGGUGUGGCCAGUUGGGCCCAGGAUGGGGCUGUGGUGACCGCCACCAGGAAGGCCUCCAGGAGUCCUGCUGGCCUGCUGCAGGACAAGGACCGUCUCCGAGGACUGGCACUGCCCCACCAGGAGAGCCGUUCUCUAGGCCCAGAGAGGUCCAGGAAGCGUGGCAGGGAGCAUAGGAGGCGCAGGGAGAGACUGAAGAUGACCAGAGGCCAAGCCUUGGUCCAAGGCCCCGGCUCCCUGAUGAAGAAGGCGAGGCCCAAAGAGGAGGAGCAGGCCCCUGACUCUGCCAUGGAGGAAUCUUCCACCGGCUUGGCCCCCACCAUCCUCUACCUGAGCACCUUUGAGGCAGCACCUGCCACGGAAGAGUCCCUGGUUCUGCCCGUCACAUCUCUGUGGCCACAGGCUCAGCCCAGGCCAGACGGAGAGGUGAUGCCCACGCUAGACAUGGCCUUGUUCGACUGGACCGACUAUGAGGACUUAAAGCCUGAGGUCUGGCCCUCCACCAAGAAGAAAGAGAAACACCGGGCUAAACUCUCCAGUGAAGGCAAUGAAACAUCAGUGGCUGAAGGGGACCCUUGUGACCACCACCAGGACUGCCUGCCAGGGGCCUGCUGUGACCUCCGGGAACAUCUCUGUACCCCGCACAACCGAGGCCUUAACAACAAGUGCUUUGACGACUGCAUGUGUGUGGAAGGGCUGCGCUGCUACGCCAAGUUCCACCGGAACCGCAGGGUGACGCGAAGGAAGGGGCGCUGCGUGGAGCCCGACGCCGCCAGCAGCGACCAGGGGUCCUUCAUCCACGUCUAGCAUCCCCCUGCGGGGUGCCCCCCAGCCCAGCCAGGGGACCGGCGUGGAGGCCCGGAGAAGCCUGGCAACUCGUGUAUGCUCUCCCGGGGGAGGUCAGAGGGCGGCUGGGGUGGGGGCGGCCUGCCCAGGAGUUCCUGGCGGCCCCACACCUGCACCCAGCACCCCGACGCUGGGGGGCCCUUGCUCCCCGCGCUUCCCCGGGCAUCCAGAUUCUCCGCGACGGCCGCGUGGAGCGCGCCCCCUGCUGUCCGAGAGCGGCACUGCAAGAGUUUCAGGUUCAAGGCUGGCCGGGGCGUGUCGGAGAUGGGGAGCCCCAGGGCAGGAGAGGAUGCCUACAGACACCUUCUGCAGGCAGCCGCAGACCCAUCAGC